AUGGAGAAAAUCUUCAACAAGAUGCUUCAAGAUGUUGCAGAAAAGGCUGCCAAAGAACUUGUGGCCAAUUUGACUUCAACUUCCAAACCUGCUGGACUGCCACAAAAAACGAGACAAAAGUUGAAGAAGAAGCCCCCGAAAUUCAUAAGGGAUGAUUCGGAUUUGCUGUUUUCGAUUGCUGUGAUUGUGUUUGGGCUUGCUGAUUUUAAAGGUUGUCCUGAAGAGUCUGAUGGUGCAGAAGUCAGGAGACUCAGGACCGCCAAUAUUAUAAAAGCACUGGUGGCCUCACACAAGUGGCUUCUCAUUGUUAUUGGGGUUGUCCAUGGUGCCAUUCUUGGAGUCUUCUUAAAAGAACACUUCCCAGAAAACAAUGUAAUUGAGAAUGGGACGUUUGUGUCUGGUGAGUUCCUGGGGAGACCAGACUCCUUCUUUCUUGGUGGACAUAACACCAAAGCUUUGACAAAAGCUGCCACCUGGUGGUCAACAGUUGCAGCACUCCUCACAUUGCCUGGGGAUGUUACAGUGUCUUUUUAUGGCUUCAUUGCACAAGGGAUACUUGCUGCUUACAUGGUCAAAAUGAUUGCGGAGACAAGCCUGAAACGCAUCAGCAGACUGUUUUUAGCAGUGGUGACCACCAUUGUUGUGAUCAAUGUGAUUUUCCUGCUGGCAAUGUUCCUUGCUUUCAAAUUGUCAACAGCGACACUUCAACCAUUAGUGAAUCAGGAACUUGGUGAAAACGUUGUGAAUGAUCCAGCCCUGCGGGCAUACCUGAAAAGUCUUCCAGAAAAGUUCCAUUUCAUGUUUCCUUUAGUUCUGGAUAGUUUGGUCAGGAGGACUGAGUUUGUUGUGGUCAUUUCAAUAUUGUCCAAAAGGAAGCAGUCAAAGAUGCUGAAAACAUCUCAAUUGACUUUCAUUCUUUGUAUGCUGCUGAGUCAGCCUGUGAGUGGAGCAUCAGCUUUGUUUCUGGUGAUGAAUUACCUCAAGGCCUUUGAUAUCACUCUUGGCUUUCUUCAAUACAUCAAAAUCUUCGACAUUGUGUCUAUAGUGUUGAAAAUUCUGCUGGCCUGGAACAGUGCUCAAUUGGUGCAACACUUUGGACAUGGGGUGAUCAAGCAGAUAUGGGGCAGAGUGAUGCCAACAGCAGAAGAUGACCCAAGGAAAGUCACCAGGGUGUCCAAAAGAAUUGGCAUUGGGAGAAUGAGUGUUCAAAUUAAUCCUGGAACACGAGUCAAGUCUGCAAGCUUUUUUCAUGGAUUUCCAGAGAAAAUCCAGAGUCCAGAGUCUGAGAUCUUCUUCAAGAAGUGAGAUUAUACAUAUGUGUGUGUGGA